AUGGCCGAUGCACUAGUAGGUCUAGUGGUGGACAAGUUGACAGCCCUUAUUUCCAAUGAGGUUGGAGUCUUUUGUAAUGCCAAGAAGGACCUAGAUAACUUGAAAAGCGAGAUGGAAGCAAUUAAAUCAAAAUUGAAAUAUGUUGAUGGUUUGGCAUAUUUCGAGGUUGAAGGACUAAAGGAUUGGUUGGAGAAGUUGAAGGAUGUUUCAUAUGACGCCGAAGACAUUAUUGAUGAGUAUGAAGCUAACAUCAACAAAAGAAAGAGGGUGGUGAAUAACAAGAAGCAGGUAUGCAGCCCCUUUGCCAAUUACUUUCCAUCUUUGUGUGAUAAUCAUGUACUUCUCCGCUAUAAACUUGGGAAAGACAUUAAAGCCAUCAAUGAGAGACUUGCCCAAAUUUCCAAAGAGAAAGAUCGUUACAAUAAUAAUCUUCAAGAAUAUGCUUCAAAAGCUAAAGAAAGAACUGCUGAUCCAGCAACCAGUUGUUACGUAAAUAAAGAAGACAUCAUUAGCAGAGAAGUUGAACAGAACACUCUCAUCCAAAAGCUAGUUGAUGAGGACACAUCAACGGGUGGAGGGGCAUGUAAUGUUUCGAUCAUCUCCAUCAUCGGUAUUGGUGGUGUUGGGAAAACGACUCUUGCCAAAAUGAUUUUCAAUGAUGAUCAAGUAAAGAAACAUUUUGGAGAACCUAUGUGGUGGGUUUCCAUUUUGCAGAGACCAAAUGCUCAAGAUGUCACUAAAAAGAUACUCGAACAAAUUAAGAAGGACGAGGUCAACGUCUCUGAGUUGAACACACUGACUCAAUUGGUCCAUCCAAAAAUUUCAAAGAACAAGUUUCUAUUGGUCUUAGAUGAUGUGUGGGACCUUGAUUGGUGGGAGCAAUUGGAGCCUAUCCUAAUUAAGGAGGGUGCACCUGGAAGCAGGAUUAUAAUGACUAGUAGGAAGAAACACAUUUCGAAAGGGAUUGGAGCAGUUUACAUGCAUGAGUUGAAAAGUUUUACGCAUGAAAAAAGCUGGCAAUUGUUCUUGCAUGAAGCGUUGAUGACAGAGAAUGAGUUGAAGAGGCUAAAUUUAGAAGAUAUUGGAAGAAAGAUAGUGGGAAAAUGUGGAGGUCUACCACUUGUAAUUAAAACUGUUGGGAAGGUAAUGCGGUCAAAAGAAAGGAGAAGAGAAGAUUGGGAAUUCAUCGCUAACAGCAAGAUUUGGGAUUUGAAUAUACCUUCCACAACUUCAGACUCUAGUUUGCUACCAGGGCUCAUAUUAAGCUAUGAUGAUUUAUCUCCAAUUUUGAAACAUUAUUUUACAUACUUUAGUUUGUGUCAAAAGGGUUAUACAUUUCACAAGCAACAGCUUAUAAUGAAUUUAAUGGCUCAUGGACUUGUUGAGAAUGCUAAUGAAGGAAAUAUGGAGGUUGCUGCAAACCAUCAUAUAGAUGAGAUGCUUGGUCGUUGCUUAUUUCAGCUAGAAAAUCGAGAUGGCUUAUUUUUGAAAAUGCAUGACACUGUUCAUGAUUUAGCUGCACACGUUGCUGGGAAAGAAUAUUCACACAAUUAUGUUGAUGAGAAUACACGUCAUCUAACAAUAAGUAAGGAUCUUAGUUCUCUUGAUGAAAUUGGAUUGCAAAGGAAUCAGGUGCUACGAACCUUUCUUUGUCUUAAACCAUUGUCUGAGAAUCCACUUGACAAGUACAUAAAUAAUCUAAAAAGGUUAAGGGUUCUAGACUUGAGUGGAGGAAGUUUCAUAAAACUACCCGACUCUAUAGGUGAUCUUCUUCUUUUGAAACAUCUCGACUUAAGGAACACAAAAAUAAAGGAGUUGCCUGCUUCAAUCGGCAAACUCCAGAAUUUGCUAUCAUUGUUUUUAAGUGGCAGUGGGAUAAAAGAGCUGCCCAAGGAGAUUGGAGAAUUGUGCAACCUGAGGCACCUGCUAUUGAAAAAUACACGUCAGCUUGAGUUUGUUGCUGAAGGUUUGGGUAAGCUUACUUGUUUACGUACCCUGAGCAGAUUUAUUAUAUGCCAUGCAAAUGAAGCUAAUGUUGGCUGCAAUGUGAAGGAGUUGAAGAAUUUGAUCAAUUUGAAGGGGGCGUUAACUAUAGAAAACUUGGAGAGGAUAACAGUAGUCAAUGAUGCAAGUGAAGCUCUGCUGCAAGAAAAGGAACACAUUGGAAACUUAAAUCUUGCAUUUGGAAAGACCAUUAUUGGUGAAGAAACAUCAGAAGAAAAGAAAAUAGCAGAAGACCAAGAGCACCUACUUCAACGACUACAGCUGCCACCUAACCUAAGGUCUCUGUCCUUGACAAGGUACUGCGGAAAGAAGCUUCCUAUCCAUUGGCUUGAUGGCUGUGUACACCUAGAAACAAUUAAAUUUCAGUCUUGCUCAUGGAUUGAGACAUUGCCUAGUUUUAGUAAGCUCAAGUGCUUGCAUCUUUAUGAUUGUCGCCAUCUAAAAACAUUGGCUGCAAGCCCAUGCUUGGAGGAAUUGGUAAUAGAUGGAUGUGCAUGCUUCACGCGGCUGCCAUUUUCCUCCAAACUAGAGAGUGUUGAACUGAGCAAUUUAGAUAAUUGGGAAGGAUUUGAAAAAGGAGUAGAGAAAUGUUGCAUAAAAACAUUAAAAAUAAGCAAGUGUUUAAAGGUGAAGAGAUUGCCUCGCCUUCCCAGUCUGCAAAGGUUGGAGAUCAAUUUAUGUGACGAAUUGAGCGCUCUCCUAGAAAAAGAAGAAGAAGCAGAGUCUGAACUGAACAUCCCUGCACUGACAGAGCUGGUAAUUCGUGGGUGUCCUGCAUUGGUUGAAUUGCCUGAAAUGCCUAUCUUGAAAUCGUUGACAAUGAUGGAAUGUCAUAGACUGAAACAAUUAACUUUCAUGGGCAAAUUGGAGAAAGUGAAAGUUGGUUAUUGUGAAACUUGGGAAGGAUGGUCACUCGAAAGAAAGGAAAAUGCAACAUUGCUAGUUAUGCAGGAACUAGAGAUAUCUUUUUGUCCGAAAUUGAGGACAUUGCCUUCUUUUCCUGCUUUAAGGGACAUGAAAAUUCAUAGUUGUAAGGAGUUGCGUGCUCUAUGGAGGGAAGACGAUCAACCCAUUGGGCUUGAAGUUUUUCGCGUGACAUUUUGUCCAAAUGUGUGUUUUCAAGUUGACUGGUUGCUCUCACUUACCAAGAUUCUCGUGGUGGAUUGGUAUUCACAUAACAACUUUACAACUUCACAUAUUGAAGCUCUUCGACGUCUUAAACAACUAGGAUUGGGUAUGCCCGGUCAAAGUCUGUUGCCUGAAUGGUUGUGGCAUCUCUCGGGCCUUCAAAACUUGGAAUUGUAUGGGAUAUCAAGCAGCAGGUGGUGCGGACCAUGGGAGAAACUGAAGCAACUCGAGCGUCUUGUUGUUGGACAACUAGAAGACGCUAUCCUAGAUGGACUAUUCAAGCAUUCACCACAUUUAAGUGAUCAGCCAACUGAGGAACAAUGUUCUCCUUCCGAGCGGACACACUUCUCUGUGCCUCCGAAACUGGAACAGUUGUCAUUUAUGGGCUGUUCCAACCUAAAAUUGUUGCCAGACGAGCUCCAACACCUUGUCCACCUGAAAUUCCUUAGACUACACAAUUUGCCAGAGGUGGCUUCAUUGCCACAAUGCCUGACUACCCUCCCCAAGCUUGAGUGGUUGGAAAUUGUAGAUUGCCCCAAACUGGCAUCACUACCAGCGGGGCUGGAAGUCCGCUUGGGAGAUGGGUUACAGGUUUCGGGUUUGCUGGUCGUCAUCUUGGCAUCACCACUUCUCAAAUCAGCUGCACCUGAUCAUGUGCUUGUUCACUUCCAUGUUUAG